GAAUAUGAGGAAGUUAAUAUCCAACAUGGCUGCAAACAGAGUACAAAUGUAGUAGAAGCUAGGUUGUGAAGCUGCUCUUUCGUAGCCCAUGGCAACUGAGGAGGCCGUGAGUGUCAGCAGGGCUUCGGCCUGUCUGUGUGUCCUCUGCGGGCUACCCGCUGCUGGGAAGUCCACCCUGGCCCGCCGGAUUCUCAGUACCGCCGCACAGCAUGGAUGGAGAGCCACUGUGGUGCCAUACGAUGACCUGAUCCCAGAGCAAGCUUUUCGAACCAAAGUGGUCGAGGAUGGUGUUAACCUGCAAGAAAUGCACACUGAAUGGAAGUCACACAGACAAGCAGUGUUGUACUGUAUUGAGCAGUUCUUGCAGAAGUCAGAAAUACUGCCAGAGGCACCGAGCAGCUCUGGGAUCAGUGUUGCUGCCUGGGAACAGUGCACUCAAGGUCUGAUGGGGCCUAAAGGUCUGAAGCCACCUCUCGUCUUCCUACUGGACGACAACUUCUACUAUCCAAGUAUGAGAUAUGAAGUUUGUCAGCUUGCAAGGAAGUAUUCGCUGGGUUUCUGCCAGGUCUACCUACAGUGUGAUUUAGAAUCAUGCAUCAGCAGAAACCAGAGCAGGUCUCAGCCCGUUCCCACUGAGGUGAUACUGGAGAUGGUGAAGCGGUUGGAGUCUCCGAAUCCUCAGAAGUUCUCAUGGGAGGUUAACAGCAUUACACUUAACAGCACAGGAACUGUGUCCAAAUCUGACAUCCAGAGGGUGAUGGAGUUGAUCUCCUCUGCACUAAAUAACCCACUAAGCCUGGGAGAAGACAACAAAGAACAAAAGGUAAAGUAAACUUGAGACACAUGCUAGUGAUGUAGCUACAGAAGCAGAUCAUUUCUAUCAUUUCUAAAGGUUUAACAUAUGAAUAAUCGUCAAGAGUCCUCAAAUCAACAGUACCUAAUCAGAGGGGGCCAACCUCAAGCAUGACCCCCCCUUUAAAACAGCCCACAGACCCUAAGGAGUGAGACUGUUUAUAAGUGGGUUGUCAGUUGAGUAAAAUAGAUUUUUGUCUAUCUCAGUGGUAAAGAAAGUGAUCCAGAACCUCUUCCAUGCAACUCUGAAAGUUUUAACUGUCAGCUAUAUUGGAAUAUCAUUACACCAAGCUACCAUUAAGGGGAUGGAUGAGGGAUGGGAAAGGAGACAGAGAAGGAAAAAAAUGAAGGGGAGGGGUUAAGAUAUAACAAUUAUUACCAUCAUCAACAUGCAAUAAUAAUAACAAUGAUUCAUUAUUAACACAUACUGUUUAAAAAAAAAUACUCACUCACGAUCAUAAACAACAGUAUUAGCAGGUCUUGUCUUGAUACUACAUAGUAAUAACAGGUCCCUUAAUACUACAUAUUAUAAGUGGAAAAUUAGAAAUAUAUUAAAAGGACAGUUUUGCACUGAGAUAAGAAUGCAUCAUUAGUAGUGGAAAUA